GUUGUUCUAGCUUCCUUGAGCUGCUUCCUGCAGCAGCUGAGUGUUCCAAGCAGAGCUGGGAAGCCCCCAAGGAAGUCCCCCACCGUCCUUGGAAGAAGCCUGUCUGCAGAAGCUCCCUUCCUUGAAUGAUAAAGAACAACAGCUGGUAUUUCUGGAAGCUUCGGUUGGUGUGAAAUCACUCUGGGAAACCCUGCUCCUCCCUACAGGUCUACACAUUGCGGAGGUACGAUGGUCCUGAGCGGGGCGCUGUGUUUCCGAAUGAAGGAUUCAGCCUUGAAGGUGCUUUAUCUGCAUGAUAACCAGCUGCUGGCCGGAGGGCUACAUGUGGGGAAGGUCAUUAAAGGUGAGGAGAUCAGUGUCGUCCCUAAUCGGGCACUGGAUGCCAGGCUGUCCCCUGUCAUCUUGGGUGUCCAGGGAGGGAGCCAGUGCCUGUCUUGUGGGAUGGAGAAAGAGCCAAUUCUGAAAUUGGAGCCGGUGAACAUUAUGGAGCUCUACCUUGGGGCCAAGGAAUCCAAAAGCUUCACCUUUUACCGGCGGGAUAUGGGCCUCACCUCCAGCUUCGAGUCAGCCGCCUACCCAGGCUGGUUCCUCUGCACAGUGCCGGAAGCUGAUCAGCCUGUCAGACUCACCCAGAUCCCUGAGGAAGCCACCUGGGAUGCUCCCAUCGUGGACUUCUACUUCCAGCAGUGUGACUAGGGUGUCACAUUUCCCCAAACUCCCUGGACAGUCAGCACAGGCACUGAGCAGGGGGUGGCAGAGGAACCCCAGGAGGGUGACUAACUCCUUUUCCUGCUCUCAGGUCUCCCACUCUGACUCUCCAGUAUGGGUGAAUUCUAAGGUCUGGUGCUCAGUUCGUAGAAGCCUUCUCCAUUGAAUGGUACUAUUGAUAUGGAAUCUUAUAAAAAAGUACAAGAGAUAAGCUUGGAGCAACAUAAAAAGAGUCUUGGGGUGGGAGUGGUGGGAGUCAUUCACCCACAGUGAAUCUGACACUGUACCUCAGAUUCCCCAUUGGGUAGGGAAGAAGGUGUUACAGAAUUAGGAAAUUAGAACUUUGGCUGGGCUCCUCCCCUGAAUACUGCUACUGACUUCCUUCUGUGGUCUUUGCAUCUGUGCCUUCAUCCUCUGGCCCUGGACUGAGAGGGUGGCGAUGUCAGGGGAGAGGACAGAAGAUGGCCAAGUACACUGUCCUGUUUUGAAACCCGAGGUACAAUAAAAAUCCCAGAUUCUGGUCUCUACUCACAUAGAAUGCUCAUGAACAUUAAGUGGGAAGACCUUGCUACAAAGUAACACAUCCUGAAAUUUCACUUUAAUUAAAAAAUACUGAUCAAUAGUAUAUAUUUCUGCAUUUAGGUCUGGAAGUUUAUAGCAAUGUCCGGGUAGGGGCAGUAUAGAUGACUUCUAUUUGCUCUUUGUUUUUGUUAGCUUCUUGAUAAUGAAGAUGGAUUACAUAAUAAUUAGAACACAAAUGAAUCUGGAGGGGAGUGGAGAGGACAUCAUUUCUAACUGCCCACAGCUUCUGCUUCCUUGGAGUGAAAUCCAAAUUGAGCUCAGCUGCUCUGGGUGGCAGGAGCAGAGAGAAGAAAACAGAUCUCAGCAAAGCCACAGGAAGGAGAAUGUGGUGGGUUUGUGCUGUG